AUGCGUUUAGGAGGAGAAUCUGAACCCACUCGUCAACAUUAUUGGAGUCAAAUGGGUGAACAAAACUGGUACAAUGAAGCCGGUGUAAAUGAUGAAGAAGCAUAUUUGGAUAGCGGGUUUUCACGAAGUGAUUGGAAUCCGAAAAUUACAGUUGGGCAAAUUUUCUCUAGUAAGAAAGCAUUGUUGACGGAGUUACGGUUCACGACAUUAAGAGGCCACUUUGAAUUUAAGGUGCAAUUCUCUUGCACUAAGAGGUUGCUUGUGGUUUGUUGUCAACGUCCAUGCCCAUGGCGGGUCCGAGCAUCGAGAAUUGGAGAAUACAGCUUCAUGAUUGUGAGGUGUACAACUGUCCAUGAAUGUGAUUUGAGGUUCGUAAGUGACAAGCAUCGUCAAGCAACCGUAGCACUUGUAGCCACUUCACUUAAAAGGAAGUUGAAGGAUUCUCGGACAAUAUACACACCAAGUGACAUUAUGAGAGAUGUGAAACACAGCUUUGGUUGCACCAUCCAUUAUUCGAAAGCUUGGAAAGCAAGGGAGUUAGCUCUAUUGUCCAUUAGAGGAUCAGCGGAGGAGGCAUAUUAUAUCCUUCCAGCUUAUUGCUAUGAAUUGGAGCGUAUGAAUCCCGGCACAAAAACACACAUCCAAACUGAUGAGAACAAUCACUUUGUGUAUUUAUUUAUGGCGGUUGGCGCAUGUAUUAGAGGGUUCCGUUCUUCCAUGCGCUCAGUGAUAGCCGUGGAUGCCACUCAUUUAAAAUCCAAGUACAAGGGUGUUAUGUUUGUAGCAAAUGCAUUCGAUGGUAAUCGAAAUAUAUAUCCUCUUGCUUUUGGGAUCGGGGAUUUGGAGACGGAUGCAUCAUGGCAUUGGUUUUUCACUAAACUUCAUGAAGCCAUUGGUGAGUGUCCCAAUCUUGUUAUUAUUUCUGAUCGCAAUGUUAGCAUAGAGAAUGUGUGGAACAAAAUUUUUCCAACUGCACAACAUGGCAUAUGCUUUUAUCAUAUGAAGGGGAACAUGAAACGCAUUUGCAAGUUGAAAAAGCGUGAUCACAUACUUAUGCACUUUGAGCAGGCUGCGAAAUCUUAUUCCAUUGCUGAAUUUGAUUGUCAUUUUCGCAACAUCAAGCGAAAGGAACACGUUGCUCAAUAUCUUGAAGAGGCAGGGUCACAUAAGUGGUCUAGAGCUCACAUGGAUGGACGCCGCUACAAUGUAAUGACAACAAAUAUUGCGGAGUCAAUCAACUCAGUCCUUAGGUUUGCAAGGAUGCUGCCAAUGGUUCAUUUGAUAGGGGAAAUUGUUAAUCUCCUUGUGAAAUGGUUCAUCGAACGUCGUGAGUUGGCUUUGAAUUGCACAACAACAUUGUGCCCUAAUUUCGGAGAGAAGAAGUUGAGGAACAGGUUGGAGGAUGCUACAAGGAUGAAUGUGGUUAAAUUAAAUCAUGCACAGUUUAAUGUUUUGGACGGUGAUAAGGACGGCCUCGUAGAUUUGACGAACAACAGUUGUAGUUGUAGAAAGUUUCAGCUUGAGCAGCUACCUUGCAAGCAUGUAGUUGCAGUUUGCCGCUUCUUGAAAGUAAAUGUAUACUCAAAGGCUUCUCGGUAUUACACUCGGAAAACCUGGAUGGAUGCUUAUUUGGAUAGCAUCUACCCAGUACAACCUCACGGAAUGUGGGAUAUUCCUGAAGAUGUUCGAAGUCGAGUUGUGCUGCCUCCCAUGGCAAGGGUCAUGCCAGGCAGACGAAAGAAGAUAAGAAUUCCCUCACAAGGAGAUGGCACCAUUAGAAGAAAGUGCUCAAGGUGCGGUUCCGCAGGCCACAAUAAAAGCACUUGUAAAAACAAUAUUCCAUUGCGCAAUGUAUCUUAG